AUGGAGCGAGCAGACGAGAAUCUGUUGCCUUCCGUCUACAAAGAAGUGAGUGUAGCUUUCAACGCAGGACCAUCAGAUUUAGGCUACUUAACAUUCGUUAGAAACUUUGUUCAAGGACUCGCAUCGCCAUUAGCAGGAGUUCUUGUCAUUACCUAUGAUCGUCCCACUGUUCUUGCAAUAGGUACUUUCUGUUGGGCUUUAUCAACUGCUGCAGUUGGAGCCAGCAGCUACUUCAUUCAGGUUGCUUUAUGGAGAGCAGUGAAUGGGUUUGGAUUAGCGAUUGUUAUACCGGCGCUUCAAUCGUUCAUCGCAGAUAGCUAUAUGGAUGGCAAGAGAGGAGCUGGUUUCGGUAUGUUGCAUCUCAUUGGUACAAUUGGUGGUAUAGGAGGAGGUGUUGUAGCAACGGUUAUGGCCGGUUCAGAGUUUUGGGGCAUACCGGGAUGGCGUUGUGCUUUCAUACUGAUGGCAAUGCUUAGUGCAGUGAUCGGGUUACUCGUUUUGCUCUUCGUCGUUGAUCCGAGGAAGAAAAACAUCGAACGAGAGGAAGCAAUGGUUCAUAAGACCUCGGUGUGGAACGAUUCAUGGACGGCUACAAAAUCAGUGGUUAAAGUACGAACCUUUCAGGUCAUCGUCUUGCAAGGGAUCGUUGGUUCGUUACCGUGGACUGCAAUGGUUUUCUUCACAAUGUGGUUUGAGCUUAUUGGUUUUGAUCAUAACCAGACGGCGGCUUUGCUUGGGGUGUUUGCGACCGGAGGAGCGAUAGGAUCACUGACGGGAGGGCUAAUCGCCGACAGAAUGUCUCGGAUUUUCCCAAACUCCGGUAGAGUGAUGUGUGCGCAGUUCAGUGCGUUCAUGGGAAUCCCUUUCUCGGUUAUUCUUCUGAAAGCAAUCCCACAGAGCACAGAGAGCUACUCGAUCUUCUCACUCACUCUCUUCUUGAUGGGUCUCACCAUAACUUGGUGCGGAUCAGCGGUUAACGCACCCAUGUUUGCGGAAGUGGUUCCUCCUAAGCACCGUACGAUGAUCUACGCGUUUGACCGAGCCAUCGAAGGGUCUUUCUCGUCUUUCGCUGCGCCUUUGGUCGGGAUUCUGUCGGAGAAGAUGUUUGGGUAUGAUUCAAAAGGUAUUGAUCCUUUGAAAGGUUCCUCUGUGCGUGAAGCUGGUGCCCUCUCCAAGGGGCUUUUGUCGAUGAUGGCGAUUCCCUUUGGUCUAUGUUGUCUCUGUUACACUCCGUUGCAUUUCGUUUUCCAGAAAGAUCGAGAAAACGCCAAAACCGCGACUUCUAAAGAAACUCAAAUGGUCUGA